GUUGUAGCGUCCUCUGCCUCUUCUACCCCGGCGGGGAGUCUGGUCGAUGCGUCGGGGUAUAAGUAUGCCGAGAAGGAUACCAAACCUGGGAAGAUUAAGUUGAAGAAGUCGGCGGCGAAUGCUAAGUCCGGGAAGAAGAAGGGUGAUGGUUUGUUAUAUCCCUCUGUUCCCUUCCCCUUGGUCUGGGGAUGGGGGUUUAGUGGUGGUAUGCUGAUGGAAGUUGUUGCGAGUUUAUAGUGCCUGAAUCCCCCGGUUCCUCGUCGCCUAUAUUACCCGAUAUCGAUGAAAAGACUAUGGCUGCGUUCCCGACCGGGAAGCCCCGCGAAGAGGAUCAUCUCGAGACGGUCAUCUGUAAGACGUGCAAGAGGCCGGUGUUGAAGCAGAAUGCGGUGGAACAUAUUCGGGGUUGUAUUCGUGCGAAGCAGGAGAAGGCCAGGAAGAAGAAGGAGGCCCGGGAUGCGGCGAAUCGCGCAAAGGAGAAGGGGGAUAAGGAUGGUGAUGAAGAUGUCGGUGCUGGUGAGAAGGGUGAGGGUGGUGAAGAUUCGAUGAAGGGUCAGAAGAGCGCGAAGAAGUCCGCUGUUAAGGGAAUGGCGGAGGAUGGGACGAAAAAGGGGAAGAAGCGCAAGACGGAGGCCGGUGAGGAUGAUAAGGAUAAGGAGCCGAAGAAGAAGAAAAAGAAGGAGGAGCCCAAACCGAAGGUGCCUAAACCGAAGGGCCCUGUUGAUGUUGAGAAGCAGUGUGGUGUUACUUUGCCGAAUGGUGCGCAGUGCGCUAGGUCGUUGACUUGUAAGAGUCACUCGAUGGGCGCGAAGAGAGCUGUUCCGGGGCGUUCGUUGCCGUAUGAUAUGCUGUUGCAGGCAUAUCAGAAGAAGAACCAGGCAAGGCAGCAGAGGCUGGUUUCUACAGAGGCUGCUAUCGAUGCGAAUGCUCCGCUACAAGAUGAUUUGGAUAAUAAUGGGCCCGUUGACUCGGAUGAAGAGAAAGAUACUGUCAUGGCGGCCAUUUCUCGCUCUCAUCCAUACCCGAUGGUGACUCAUACAUUGAUCUCGACGAAGAAGAAGUACCAAUAUGUGCGGAUCAAGGAGAUGCUGUCCCAUGCAUUGGGUGGCUCACGCGGUGGUGGGCUCUUCUCGACAGGAGAUACUCUCUCCUCUCCGUUUCCGGAUGGCGGCAGCCUGUUCACCCCUGUAGAGGAGGUGUCAGUGCCCGAGCCUAUGGUUGUGGAUGAGCCGGAGCCGGCAGAAACGCAGGAAAAUGCGACAGAUGCUGGUGCGAAGACACCGGCACCUGAAGCCAAGCAGGUGCCUGUGGCGGCUAGCUCGUAGAGCUCUCGCUGGGUAACGAGUGAUGAAAGGCUCCCAGGAUUGGAUAUACAUAUAGCUCGCUUAUGGGCAGGGAGUUUGGGCGAUGCUUGAUGGCGUUUCUGGAAGGGUUUUGGGUCUUUUGGUUUGCUAUUUGAUAAGAUACCCCGCGCUCAGUCUUGCUGGCGUGCAUUAUUGUAAAUUAAGUCGGUGCUUCUUUGGCCGUAUUGAUAGAAUGCAAUUCAUUCUGCAUGCUAA